GCAGUUCAUGGACGCGCGGUGAACAGUAGAAAAUAAGAAAUAUGUAAACCAGAAAAUAUUUCACACUAUUGCAAUUUGUUAUGAGGAAGAAGAAAAGAGAAACAAAUAAGAAUCGUUGAAAAAAAAAAAAAAAACGAAACAAAAAAGAAACGGUGUCAAAGUGUGUUUAUCAAGAGCGGACUUUCCAACCUUAUUGAUGACCAAUCAAAGAAUUAGCAUUUAUCACUCACUGACAAUUCAAAUGAUUUAAUUGCACGAUAUUGUGUUAAUAUCAACCACUAAUUGAACUUAUUCGUCAGUUCGUGUAAAAGCGUCUUCUUUGCCAUGAAGCUGUUGUUAGUGCGGAAUUAGAAAUUGUGUCAUUAUUUUUCUUUUAACAUCAUUUUUUUUUCUUCCUUUAUUUCUUUUGUUUUUUUUCCCUUGAAAAACAAAGAAGUUUCUCUUUGUGGAUUAAAAAAAAAGUUAACAUCCAACACCUUGUCUGGUGUAUAUCUGGAUGAAUGCUUUCACGAAAUUAAAAAAAGUUAAAAAUAUUACUUAAUGCUGAUUAGUAAUAAUUUACUAAAAUCAUGACGAUUACUGAGAAUACAUUGCACAAUAGGCAAAUUAAUGUAGUUGCGAAUGGAUUGAAUGGAAAAAAUUCAGCUGUUCGACUACAAAUUGUGCCAGCGCAGCCAAAAACAAUAACCCAUUUACCUAAAAGGCCACCUGUUGAUUUGGCGUUCACCGACUUGACAUAUAAAGUUCGAGAAGGACGCAAAAACAAUGUCAAAACAAUUCUUAAGUCUGUCAGUGGGAGACUUCGAUCGGGGGAGUUAACAGCAAUAAUGGGACCAUCUGGAGCAGGAAAAUCGACUCUACUCAAUAUCCUGACAGGUUACAAAACAACUGGAACGGAAGGCAGCAUCACGAUGAAUGGCCACGAGAGGAAUUUGAGUGCUUUCAGAAAAUUGUCAUGCUAUAUAAUGCAAGAUAAUCAACUUCAUGGCAAUCUCACUGUCGAGGAAGCAAUGAAGGUUGCUUCUAGUCUCAAACUAGGCUCUCAUGUUCCUAAGACAGAGAAAGAAGAAAUGAUUCAAGAAAUUCUUGAUACAUUAGGAUUAUCAGAUCAUCGGCGAACAAUGACCUCAAAUUUAAGUGGUGGACAAAAGAAAAGACUUUCCAUCGCUCUAGAACUUGUCAAUAAUCCACCUAUUAUGUUUUUCGACGAGCCAACCAGUGGUUUGGAUUCAUCUUCCUGCUUUCAAUGUAUCUCGUUAUUAAAAACCUUGGCACGUGGGGGACGUACGAUUAUUUGUACAAUUCAUCAACCUAGUGCAAGACUUUUUGAAAUGUUUGACGCUCUUUAUACUUUAGCGGAGGGACAAUGUGUUUAUCAAGGAUGUACAUCACAAUUGGUUCCAUUUUUAAAAAGUCUCAAUCUCAAUUGUCCAAGCUAUCAUAAUCCAGCAUCUUUCAUAAUUGAAGUGUCUUGUGGAGAAUAUGGAAACAAUAUUAAAAAUCUUGUGAAUGCAAUUAAAAAUGGAAAACGUGAUGUUCGACGUGGCUAUUCAUUUUCGGAUGAAAAAGAAGCACUAAACAAUUCAUUGGCAGUGUCGGAAAUUCCAAAGGAUAUGGAUGUUGGAGCAAAAAUCACUGAAAUCAAGGACAAGAAUGACGCAAAUAAUAUUGAAGACAAGUUUCAGGAUAAAAAAACAAAUGAGAGUAAUGGAGUGAUUCCAAACUACGCAACCAAUGACAUUGCUAAGCAAAAUGAUGUAUCGAUAAAUCUUGAUAUGGAAAAGAAGGAUAAUAUUAAUCUUUUGGAUGAGACAAUUGUCGUAACACCGGAAAGAUAUCCAACAUCAGAAUUUACUCAAUUUUGGAUUGUUCUUAAGAGGACACUUCUUUUCAGCCGGAGAGAUUGGACUUUGAUGUAUCUUCGGCUCUUUGCCCAUAUCCUCGUUGGUUUGUUAAUUGGCGCUCUUUACUACGACAUUGGAAACGAUGGCGCAAAAGUACUCAGUAAUCUUGGUUUUCUUUUCUUCAACAUGCUCUUUCUGAUGUACACUUCAAUGACCAUCACUAUUCUUUCGUUUCCCUUGGAAAUGCCGGUUUUACUUAAAGAAAAUUUCAAUCGAUGGUACUCAUUGAAAGCUUAUUAUUUAGCGAUCACAGUUUCUGAUAUUCCGUUCCAGGCUAUCUUCUGCAUUAUUUAUGUGACGAUAGUUUAUUUCUUAACGAGCCAAUUGCCUGAAUUAUCGAGAUUCAGCAUGUUCCUAUCGGCUUGUCUAUUAAUUUCAUUUGUGGCACAAUCUGUGGGUUUAGUUGUUGGCGCUGCAAUGAAUGUCCAAAAUGGCGUUUUUCUUGCACCAGUGAUGUCUGUUCCAUUUCUUCUAUUCUCAGGAUUUUUCGUAAGCUUCGAUGCAAUUCCUGUUUAUCUCAGGUGGAUCACCUAUCUCAGUUAUAUUCGCUAUGGUUUCGAAGGAACUGCUCUAGCCACUUAUGCAGAUAGAGCAAAAUUAAAAUGCUACCAGAUCUAUUGUCAUUUCAAAGAUCCAAAAACAACACUGGAGAAUUUAGAUAUGUUGGAUGCGGAUUUCAUGCUUGAUAUUUUAGCUUUGCUGUUAAUUUUUGUAGUUUUAAGAAUUUCAGCCUAUCUAUUCCUUCGUUGGAAAUUGAGAAGUGCCCGAUAAUAAUUUUUCGCAAUCAAAAAAAAUUCAAAAAAAUAAUAUUUAAAUUAUAUAAUAUUGUGAGAAUUUUUGCUUUAAUUUUUUUUUCUCUUUAGAAAUAACGUCUUAUAAACGAACGAAAAAUACAAAUAAUGGAAAAUUCUCCAUGAAAAAAAAAAAAAUGGAAAAGAAAAAAUUAGCAAAAAUAUGGUUAAAAAAAAAACAAAACAAAAAUGUCACAAAAGAUCUCGCCGGAAUUAUUCCGAAUAGAUUAUUAUUAUCAAAAAGGGCAAAUUUUUUAUAAAGGAAUUUUUUUUUUAUAUAAAAAUAAUACGCUUCGUAUCGCAGCGUACUUGUUUUCUUUUGCAGUUUUAAUGAAAAAAAUAUGUUAAUUUAUUUAUCCUUAAUUUAGAGAGGAGCAUAAUUGUUUAACAAUGCACUCAUUAUUCAGGGUAAUAUAACUUUUUUUUUCUCUUCCCAAUUCAAUUGACGCACAAUUUUUUAAUUCUUCGAAAAUUAUUUUUUAUUUCAAAGUUCAAUGUUUGAAAUUUAUAAAAAAAAUU